CGCUGGACGCCGCCGCCGCCCCCUCCCGGCGCCUUCCCGGCCCCUUCCCCGCGUGGAGGGGCGGCCUGCGGCUUGGAAGAGGCGGCCGGGGCGCUGAGCGGGAGCCUCGCCGAGCCGGGGCCGGGAUCCGGAGCUGUUCCGUCCGGGGCGGCGCUGCUGAGCUGGUCCGGAUCGCGUCGCGGGCUUUUGGGGCUGGCGGAGAGGAGCCGCAUCCCGCGGGGGAUCCUGGUGGCCGCUUUCCUCGGCCGCGCCGCCCCGCCCGCCUGAUUUGGGCUUGAGCCCUGGAUUGGCUUCCUCCGGCUGGGGCAGCCGCAGCAUGGAUGGCCCGCGGCCCUUGGCCGGGCUGGAGCCGCAGCUGUCUGCCCAGAGCAGCCGGGCAGCCCCGGCCGGCCGGCUCGGCGUGGGAGCCUCGGGCUGGCGCGUGGAUUGAGCGGCCUCGCGUGGGAGCCUCCGCUUCCUCCCGCUGGGCCCACCUGCCCUGGCAGCUGGAGGCUCGCCCUCCUCCGGCUCAUCCCUCCCGGCUGGAGCCACGGACCGGGAGCAGCUGCGAGACCCCGACCCGUGGACCAGCUCGCCCGCCGCGCCCCGCUUUGGCUGCUGGGGACCCCCUUGACCCGUGGGAUGCGGCCCGGUGGGGGCGUCUGGAGGGCUGCGCAUCGCUGGCAGAGAGAGGCCCGCGGCGGAGGCCAGGCGUAGCGGGCGGACUGCUCGCCUUUCCCGCGACCUUCUCGGACAGCCGUGCGCGGGGCUGGAGAUCCGCGCGAGCCGGGCCUUGCCUGCCCUCCUUUGGCUGAACGGCUGCCGUGGGGAGCAGCAGCGCUUGGAAGGGCCACUUUUCUGGGUCUCCCCCCACCCCCCCCCCCCACACACACCAUGGCUGCGAAAGAAAAUCCCUGCCGGAAAUUCCAGGCGAACAUUUUUAAUAAAAGCAAGUGUCAGAAUUGCUUCAAGCCUCGGGAGUCGCACCUGCUGAACGACGAGGAUUUGAACCAGGCCAAGCCUAUUUAUGGUGGAUGGCUUUUACUAGCUCCAGAGGGCACGGAUUUCGACAACCCUGUGCAUCGCUCCCGGAAAUGGCAGCGCCGCUUCUUCAUCCUUUACGAACAUGGUCUCCUCCGCUAUGCCUUGGACGAGAUGCCCACCACUUUGCCACAAGGAACCAUCAACAUGAAUCAGUGUACAGACGUUGUGGAUGGAGAGAAUCGAACCGGGCAGAAAUUCUCACUGUGCAUCCUGACACCCGAGAAGGAGCACUUCAUCCGAGCUGAGAACAAGGAAAUCAUAAGUGGGUGGUUGGAGAUGCUGGUAGUCUACCCAAGGACGAACAAGCAGAAUCAAAAGAAGAAAAGGAAAGUGGAGCCCCCAACGCCACAGGAGCCUGGUCCAGCGAAGAUGGCCGUGACCAGUAGCAGCAUCCCCGGGGCUGAGAAAAUCCCCACCACCAAGUCCACCCUUUGGCAAGAAGAACUGAGAAGCAAAGACCAGUUGGAUGGGAAUGUGGGCAUCGGCUCGGCCCCUGGCGCUCUGCCAGGGCAGGCACCCCCAACGUGUUCCAUGAAGGACUCAGUCCUGGAGAGGAAAGAAGAGGAGGCUGCCAUGAACGGUGACCGCAACGACUGCGGGCGGAAGACACGGGUAGAAAGUGGCUACUUUUCUUUGGAGAAGACCAAACAGGAGGUCAAGGCAGAGGAGCACCAGAUGCCGAACCUGCCGUCCCCCCCGAGCCCCUGCACGCCCAACCACAGGUACGGUGACCCCAAAUCUCAGCAGCCGAGCGAUUCCUUUCCUUCUUCAGGUACCUGGCCGGCCGGCCGAAUGGUGCACAGUUUCUCUCUCAAUUCCCUGGACGUCCGAGGCUCCCGGCUCUCCAAGCACAAGGACUCCGCCGGCCGCAACGGGGCGAGGACGGAGGAUAGACGCAAUGGCCCCUUUGCCUUUAAAGUCAGCCGCAAAUACUCCACGCUGGCCGAUGUGCCCAAGGCGAUUCGCAUCAGUAACCGCGAUGCUUUUCAAGUCGAGCGGAAACGGCUCGAGCGGAGUUCCCGGGCGAGGAGUCCCGGACGAGAAGAGGUAGCUCGGCUGUUCGGGAAUGAGAGGAGGAGGUCUCAAGUAAUUGAAAAAUUUGAAGCAUUGGAUAUUGAGAAUCCGGAACACAUGGAAAUCAAUGCUUCCUCCGGUCUCUCCAGUGAAACCCGGCAGGGCAGGAGCGAAAAAAGAGUUUUCCCUAGGAAACGGGAUUUGCUUGCUGAAACAGCGAGUGGGACCAUCCUGGAUGUGUCAACUUCUACUAUGUCUCCACAUCGGAGAGCGAAAUCGCUGGACAGAAGGUCUACAGAAUCCUCCAUGACUCCAGAUUUGCUGAACUUCAAAAAGGGAUGGCUGACAAAACAGGAUGAAGAUGGGCAGUGGAAGAAGCACUGGUUUGUGCUGACAGAUCAGAGCCUGAGAUACUACCGGGAUUCAGUGGCAGAGGAGGCAGCCGAUUUGGAUGGGGAAAUUGACUUGUCAACGUGUUUCGAUGUCACGGAAUACUCUGUCCAGCGAAACUAUGGUUUCCAGAUCCAUACUAAAGAAGGCAAAUUCAUUCUUUCUGCUAUGACAUCUGGAAUCCGCCGGAACUGGAUCCAAACCAUUAUGAAACAUGUUCGUCCCACAGUUGCUCCAGAUGUGACCAGCUCUCUGCCUGAAGAGAAGAGCAAAAAUGGCACCUCCUUUGAGACUUGUCCCAAGCCGAGCGAGAAGCAGGAGACGGAGCAGGCCGAGAUUGACCCCGAAUACAAGCGCAGUCGAGCCAGGGAACGCCGAAGAGAAGGUCGCUCCAAAACCUUUGACUGGGCUGAGUUUCGCCCCAUCCAGCAAGUCCUGGCUCAGGAGCGAGCCAAUUUGACAGAGACUUUGAAGGACACCUCCGCUCCAUUCUCCAAGGAGCCCGGCCCCUCAGAAACAGAUCCCGGGGAAUUGGAGCGAGAACGUGCCCGCCGAAGAGAGGAAAGAAGGAAGCGCUUUGAACAUCUGGAUGCUACUGAUGGAGGAAGCCCAGAAGACUUCUCCAGGAUGGAGGUGGAUAGGCUUUCAGGGUUGCCUGCCGCUUCAGAGGCCAAGCCUCAAAGCGUCCAUGUGGAGAUUGAGCAGAGGUGGCAUCAGGUGGAGACCACUCCUCUGCGGGAGGAGAAGCAGAUCCCCAUUGCCCCGCUACAUCUUCCUCACCCGGAGGAAAACGGCGAGAUACUCCAUAAGCAGCAUCUGACUGUGCUGCUGGAAAAGGAGCUGGAACAGAGUCAAAAGGCAGCUUCGGAGCUCUUGGAACAGAACCGUGUCCUACAAGACCAGCUCAAAGUAGCUUUGGGACGCGAACAAAGCGCUCGGGAAGGUUACGUCCUGCAGACUGAAGUGGCCUCCUCCUCCUCCUCCUCCUCUUCCUCUUCCUCAGGGGCCUGGGAGAGGCUCCAUAAAGUCAACAAAGAUCUCCAGGGAGAAUUGGAAGCCCAAUGCCAGCGCCAGGAGAUGAUCAAUCAGCAGAUCCAGUCGCUUAAACGUAGCUAUGGGGAAGCCAAGGACGUCAUCCGACAUCAUGAAGCAGAGAUCCAGAGCUUGCAAGCCAGACUCAGCAACGCAGCUGCAGAUCUCUCUAUCAAGGAGCAGACCUUGGCCAAGCUGAAGAGCGACCUGAAGGCUGAGAAGAAGAAAACGGAGGAGCAGAUGGAGGAAUGGCAACACAGCGAAACGACCCUGAAUUCCCAGCUGAAGGCCAGUGAGCAGAAGCUGAAGAAGGCGGAAGCUCUCCUGCUGGAGAAGACCCAAGAGCUGAGAGAUUUAGAGAUGCAACAGGCUUUGCAGAGAGACUACCAGAAAGAAGUCCAACGUCUCCAGGAUCGCAUCGCUGAUCUGAGCCUGCAAUUGAGCGCAGGCGAACAAUCCCGAAUGCUGAUGGAGAGGAAGCUCCAGAAGAAUUACGAGUCUUUGCUAGAAAGCUGUGAGAGGGAGAAGCAACUCUUGAUCCAGAGCCUCAAAGAAGCGGAGGAUAAAGCCAGCGAAUAUGAGAACCAGCUUCAGAAUAACGAGCAACAGAAGGAGAUCCUUCUGAAGGAGAAGCUGAGUGCCAAGUUUGAAAGCAGUGAGCUAGUCCAUCAACUGGAGGACCAACUAGAAAUGAAAGAAGCCAGCAUCCGGAAGCUGGUGGAACAUAUCAAGAGUCUUGAGGAGGAAAGGGAUCAAAUUAAAUGCCGGUUCCAAGAGUUGAUGAACCAAGUUGCAGAGUCCGAUAACGAGGUGGCUAAGUUGCAAGCCAAGCUACAACUGGAGGAGAGCAGCUACCACACUCUGGAGCGUUCCCACGAGGUGGUGUCGGAGCAGUUCCACAACUUGCAGCAGAUUCUGAAAGAAAAAGAGGAGGAGUUGAGACAAGUAAGAGAAACCCAUUUGAGCUUUGUGGAGAAAAAAGAGCAGGACUUCCGUGAGCCUCCAAUUACCGCGGCUAGCAGUCGAGAAGAAAAAGAAGACCACCUGACCAAAGAAGAGGAUUUGAAAACAUCAGCUGAAGGAAGUUCAGGGCUGAAGGUUGCAACAAACGCAACUGAGAUGGGCAAGGUUGAAGAUCCAGCACAAUAUUCCCCAAAGCAAGGUAGGCUCCCAGAUCUGGGAUGCAUACUUAUUGAGGAUAGUCACGAAGGAGCCAGUAGCGACCAGAGGCAAAUCUGUGGACGUACGGUGGUGAGCAUUGAAGAAUGUUCUUCUCCAUCAAAGUCAGUAGAUCUUCCAGAAAUAGAGAUGGGUCAGAAAGAUUCAAUGAAACUUGAUGCGGAAAUACCAGGAGCCAAAAGACAACGGAUACGUUUCUCCAAUAUCCAGUGCCAAAAAUAUAUUCAUCCUGAUGGUUCGGAGAAGAUGUGGGCCAGCAGCACUUCCUCUGACACCAGCCAGGAACGGUCUCUUUCGGAAGAAAGCAUGACUUCUGAACCAGUGUUUUGUUACCCAGCCUCGGGUGACUCUGAGACCUACUUAUCUAUCAUUCACUCCCUGGAAACCAAACUUUACAUCACCGAAGAAAAGCUCAAAGAUGUAACCAUGAAACUCGAAAGUCAGCAGGGCCAAAAUCAAGACGCCCUCAUGGUCCUUCACCACCAGUGGUCCGGCAUUGAAGCUCAGCUUAGAGAACAGCUUCAAGACAGCUUGACUCAAAUUAGAGGGUUGGUGUCACAGGUAGAAAGCGAGAAGGAAGAAAAACUCAAGCUGAAUGAGAACCACAUCUACGAACUGGGCAAGCUCCACGAAAAGACUAGCCGAGCAUUAACGUGUUUAAAUCAGCGCAGAGAAGAACUGAAACACCUGGGCACCUCUGGUAAAGAAAAAGAGGGAGAGAUGUUCUUGGAUGCUCUGUCCAGCAUUGAAAGUACUUUAAUGGAUGCAAUCCAGAUGUUACAAAAGGCGCUUCCUCCAGCUGAACACCAACCAGAAGAACAUCUUGCAGCUCAAGCUUUGCAGACUAAAGACAUCUGCUGGGAUGAGAACAACGCUUCUCCCCAAGGGAAGCCACAGCUGGAAUUCUCUAUAGAAGAACAGCUGAAGUUGCUUUCUAGGAGGGUGGCUUUUGAAGCUUGCUUGAUCAACCAGAUAGCAGAGUCUCUGACAGAUGCCUCUUCAAAGAUCUCGGUGGCUUUCGGAGAGAUUCAUGCCACCCUGGAGACAGUCUUAUUGGAGCCUUCCAAUAUUUCACAUACUGCUGUGGCUUUGGCCGACAUUUUGUCUAAGAAGCUGUUGUUGGAAGAUGAGUUUUGGAGACAGGUAGAAGAAUUAAGGAAGCACUUGAGGGUCAGAGAAGAAGGGGAGGAAGGGAAAAUGGAGACCUUGGACUUUCCUCAGUGUCUCAUCCAGUCAGUUACCGAUAGUACGCUAGUUAAAGCCGAACUGGGUUUUGUGGCUCAGAAAAUGAGAGAAUCCUUCCAUCAGAGACUAAAAGCCAUGGAAGAAGACCUCCACAACGCCAAAACAGCCCUCCAGCAGCAUAAGUGCAUGUUGGAGGAAAUCAUUAAAGCCUACAAAUCUCCUGAAUUUGAUGGGAUCAUGCACCAGAUCUCCAAAGCUCUUGAGAUCCAAGAAGGCAUUUCAGAAACAGCCCGACCGACUUGGCACAUCAGCCUUCAGGACCGCAUUUUGGAAGCUCAGACCGUACAGGAUCUCAGCAGUCAAGCUCUGGCUGCUAUCCAGGAUGAUCUGGCUCAGCAGCUCAAAGACAAAGCUAACGUUCUGAAAGACAUUGCGGCUGCCCUCCUGUCCGUGUCCCCUGACAACGCCUUGAACGAUUGUCACAAGCUCCUCAAAAUCUCACGCAGUCCUCCUUAUGAGAUGUGCAUGGGGGAUCUUGAACGCUACUCUUCUCUGUUAGUUCAGGAUGCGAUUAUUCAGGCCCAGGUUUGUUACGGGGCCUACAGAGCAAGGCUGGAGUACACAAAGGAAGCCAAGGUGUACAAAGAGUCUCUGCAAAAUAUGGACAAUUUAUGCCAGGAGCGCAUACGGGCAGUCACGGUCCUCAGGGAAGAGUAUGAAAUGCUGCUGCAGAAACAGCAAAACGAAUUUGCUGAGAUGAUUGCCAUGCUCAAAAAAGAGAACGAAGACCUCAGAGCCAAGGUGGAGCAGCUGGACAACCAGCGAAGGCUCCUGGAAGAGGAGGAGCGUAAGCAGAGCCAAAAAAUAGCAGAACUUCAGAGCCAGUACGACGAGGAGAUGCAGAAGGUUGUUGAGCAGCUCCACAGGACUGAGGACACUCUGCAGGUGGAGCAAAUUGAGGGGAGCCACCAGUUGGAGGCCCUGGUGCAAGAUAAGCAGAACCUGGAGAGAUACCAUCUUGAGCAAAUGCAAAGCUUAGAAGAAAAGUUCCAGGUCAAGAUGAAAGAAAUCCAGGUCCUCCACGAUGAGGAACUGCAGAUCUUGCAGGAACGCUACAACCAGAAUCUCAAGAGCUUGGAAGAAUCGCUGGAGAAGUAUCAGAAGAAGCCUCCUGAAACCACGUCCGGGAUCAUCUCUGGUGCAGAAGCACCGGGAGAAGACCAACACGACAAUGGGAUCCAGGUCUUGGGAAAUGAUCCCAACGCCCUCCACGGAUUGAGAGAGCGGAUUCAAGAACUGGAAUCCCAGAUGAAUGUCAUGAGAGAUGAGCUGGAGAACAAGCAGCUGGAAGGGAACGCGCCCACCUUGAGGGAGAAAUACCAGAAGGACUUUGAGAACCUUAAGGCAACGUGUGAACGGGGGUUUGCAGCCAUGGAAGAGACCCACCAGAAGAAGAUUGAGGACUUGCAGAGGCAGCAUCAUCGAGAACUGGAGAAGUUGAGACAGGAGAAGGACCGUUUGCUGGCUGAGGAAACGGCCGCCACUAUCUCCGCCAUAGAAGCCAUGAAGAACGCUCACCGGGAGGAACUUGAACGGGAGCUGGAAAAAACCCAUCGGUCCCAAAUUAGCAGCAUCAAUUCAGACAUUGAAGCUCUGCAGAGACAAUACUUGGAGGAGUUGCAGUCUGUCCAGCGGGAACUGGAAGUCCUUUCAGAACAAUACUCGCAGAAGUGCUUGGAAAACGCUCACCUCGCCCAGGCUUUGGAGGCGGAGAGGCAGGCCCUCCGACAAUGCCAGCGGGAGAACCAGGAACUCAAUGCACACAAUCAGGAGCUGAACAACCGCCUGGCUGCAGAGAUCACCCGACUACGGACGUUGCUAACUGGGGAAGGUGGCAUGGAAACGGCUGCCUCUCCUCUCACCCAAGGCAAGGAUGCCUACGAGUUAGAGGUCCUGUUGAGAGUUAAGGAAUCAGAAAUCCAGUACUUGAAGCAAGAGAUCAGCUCCUUGAAAGACGAAUUGCAAACAGCACUGAGGGAUAAAAAAUACGCCAGUGAUAAAUACAAGGACAUCUACACGGAGCUCAGCAUCGUCAAAGCCAAGGCAGACUGUGAUAUCAGCAGAUUGAAAGAGCAGCUGAAGGCAGCCACUGAAGCCCUGGGAGAAAAAUCUCCCGAGAGCAGCACCGUGCCCGGAUACGAUAUUAUGAAAUCGAAAAGCAAUCCUGAUUUCUUGAAGAAGGACAGGACCAGCAUUGGCCGACAACUAAGAAAUAUCAGAUCAAAGAGUCUGAAGGAAGGUCUGACGGUGCAGGAGCGCCUGAAGCUCUUUGAAUCCAAGGAGUUGAAGAAAGACUAAUGUUCUCCUUCGUUUCCGGCUUGGCCACGUGCACUGCCUAGCUUGACGCAUCACGACACGAGCAUCCUUCUUCUUUUUUCCCCUCACCAUUUUGAUCUUAUUUUUUAUGACUACGCUUCGCUUGGCCGGGAGCGGGGAUUUUUCUAGAGCUGCUCCGGAUGAACAGACUAAGCAAUUCCAGACUUUUUUUUUCUGUCCACCAUCAAAGGGAUGAAAAUCAUUGUUUCUCAAUCUUAGCAAGUUUAAGAUGCGUCGACUUCUGCUCCCAGAAUUCCUCAGCCAGCAAUAGGGAAUUCUGGGAGUAGAAGUCCAGGCAUCUUAAACUCGAUGAGGUUGAGAAAUACUGGAUUAAACAGAUUCCUUGACAUGUUCAAUGAAAAGCUCCUUACUUUGGGCAAGAAUGCAGGGAAAGAUUGAAGAUUUUUCUCUCUUAAAUAUAUAUAUUUAUCUCCUUCCUAGUGUAUAUCCACUACAUUGAGUGUCAGUAUUAAGGCUCAAUAGCCUAUUAUAAGCUAGCCCUGUUUUACUGAUGUGUUGGUAUCACAACAGGGCCCUGGGAAAAGGGGAGGGAGGACACACCUCCAGCUUAGCUCCACCAGUGUUGAAGAGUAACACAGCACUUAGGCGCAUAUUUUGAGCCACUCUGAAACAAAUUCAGCUUGGCCAAGCAAGCUCCCCAACGCCCCUGGAUGGUUGAGAAACACAACAAGGGGGAAAGAAAGACAGUCUGGACUGUCCUUGAUCUAUUGUGCGAUUUGCAGAGAUUCAGUCCUUUGUGUAGCUUAGCAAUCUUCUGAAUUUAUUUUACUAAGCCAGUUUAGAGCCAUGGUUAAGGGGUGGCAGAUUCCACUUUUAGCCAGGAUCUUGGAAAAACAUAGCUCUUAAGAUCGCUAGCAACCAUUGUCCUCUUCCAGUUGGGUUCACCUUUUCUCCUAGUCUCAGUGGGUUUUGGGCAUCCAUCCGAGAGAUUUCAGGACAUUUCUCUUGUCUGAUGAGGAUGGAGAAACCAGGUUUCAUCCUAAAGUACAGAUCUUCGCUUCUUAAAGGUGACUUUAAAGAAAAAUGGAUUGUAUCUGUAUAUCUGUGUCUGAGAAUCUAUUUGGGCAUGAUUACACCAUGCAGUGUCUGUGCGAGGGAUAUUUCAUUGCAAAGGAACACCUGAAAACGGAUUGGGAGCUAAGCCCAGUUAAAAGUGGCCUUCAAAAAAAGACCAGGCUAGCCAUGAUCCCAAAAGCAGCUUUAGUGCUUUCAUCCACUUGAAAUGAAGCAGGGCCCGCCCACCCACCCCAAAAAUGCAACUAAUAGAUUUCUUGAUGCACUGGGAUCCAGAACGUAGACAGCUUUCCCAAGAAAGACCCUGGGAUGGAUUAAAAUAAAUGCCAAACCUGAUGAACAGAACACAUUGGAAGUGGGUGCUUAAAAUUUCAGGAUUAACAUCUCACCAGCAUUAUGAACAAGCCUCGUUUCUGUCUCCCCAAUAUUGCAGAUGAUUAGGGUGCUCCAGCCCAAUUCUACAAAUCUGAGGUCCCUUAAGAAGGGGAGUUUUUUUCUCUUACUGGGUUGAGUUUCUGCUGCAACUGUCUUAACUUUGGGACAAGCCCAACUGUGUGAAACCUUGCUAAUCUCAGUGAGGGUUGGUCCAUUCCUUUUCUCUACAUGCAGGUUUUAGAAUUUUUAGACACCUAGCAAUGAAAUAAGUUGUUCCAAAACAAAAACACCUUAUGAGAUCAUCUCCUAGAGGUAGACCUGAAGCAAAAGGAUACCCUAGUAUGCACUACCUUAAAGGCAGCUGGACAGAGAACGUAUGAAUUUCAGGUGCCUAGUUGUAUUUGACAUGCCACAACAAUAGUAUUCUGCAAAACGUAACUGCCCUGAAUGGCUAGGACUAAGGAGAUCUUCCUAUUUUUACUUUAGAGGUUAGGCUUUUCUUCUUCAAGACUUCUCCUAACUCUGAGUAAUUUCUCCUAUCUGACUGCAAAUUGUUGGUUGAGGGUCUAGAAGUGCGAUUCAAAGUAGUUAUGGCAGCCCCGAGGAUUGGUGUGUGAAUGUUGGCAUUUGGAGGGCAUCUCGGGCCGCUGAAGGGAAUGCGGUGGUGGCAUCUGCCUCUGAAAUGGUCUUGCAGGCCUCAAUUUUCCUCUCUCCUUCACACAGACGAAGCUGAACUGGUAGAACAAUGUUUCUCAACCUUGGCAAUUUGAAGAUAACUGAACAUCAACUCCCAGAAUUCAAUGCUGUGCUGGCUGGGGGAUUCUGGGAGUUGGAAUCCAGACAUCAAGUUGCCAAGUUUGCAGAACCCUGGGGUAGAAGAAUUUAAUUUUUCUUGCAUGGUUUUCCUGCAACUCGAUAGCAAUCUGUUGGCAGACGAACAAAAGGUCUCUGGGAAAAAUCUCUGCAAUUCAUCCCAUCUCUUUUUCAAUAACGUCCCGAUUCCGAGAUGGCUUCUUAAAACAUGGAACGCGAUGUUUGAAAGACGGGAAAAGUCACCCCACCUCCAUUCGCACAAAACUGACUUUACUGCUACGAGCAAAGGGGCUGUCCCUACGCAACCAAGCCAAGGCGGUGUUUGGGAAAGGAUGGGUUUCUUGAAUGGCUCUUUAAAAGGCGUGUGUCAGAGGCAGGUUGCUGCAUUUUCACCCGAUUCUGUAUUUCGGAGAUUUAAAAGAAAUGUGUAUUCUUGAUGGAGGUUUGGCACCGGUUGGAUGUACCAUGCAAACACACCUGAAAUACGGCUUUGGGGAUGUUGUCCAUGGCCGAUCUUGUCUCUCUUUUUUUUCCCCCCUGGUUUCAAAGCAGGAUUCUUGUCUUUUCUUAAUGCCAUUUUGCUUUCCUUUUUUCCUGCUAAGAAACAAAAGGAGGAUCGCUUGUGCUGAUCCAGGAAUCCGAGCAGGCUGUUUUUCCUAUGACAGAGGCUGCCUUCAAGCGGCCCUGUGUGGUGUUUGGGGGGGGCGGGGAAUGUUGCUUUUUGUAAUGACAAUAUACUUGAUUAGAAUCUCACUGGACUUCCUUUUUCUCCAUUUCAGUGGUUCAUAUGCAGUACUUUGUUGUGAACACUUUGAGCACACGCACGCUUAUCUUUCCUUUGUAAUUCCCUCCCCCCCAUUUUUUUAAAGCUUUGUUAUUCUCUAAAAAUAAUUUAAGACCUGUAUAGUAUUCAAAGCACGCCAUGUAAAUAUUUAUUAUGCAAAAACUCGCGGAGGGUUUUAUGGGGUGACUUUCUUUUUUUAAUCUUGUUCUAAUACGGAUUUCCUUUCGACUUGGGAAAAGGAAAUUAGUGUAACCUGAAAUCCUGCUUUGUUCCCUUACAAGAAUGUUGGUUGGUUUGUUUGAAUGCUAUAAAUAUAUUUUUAAAUUUCUCUGAUCCUUUUUAGUUUUGGAAAUGCCUCUCCAAAGAAAAAAAUAUGUACAGUGUUUUAAAACCUAAUUGCUAUACAAUAGUUUUCUUCCUCAUUCACUUCAGUAAGCUUGUAACGGACAGUGGCACAAAUAAUCCUGGGCUAUGCAGUUGUGUUGCAGUAAACUCAGUUUAAUGGACUCAAAGGAAGGUGUUUGUUAGACCUGAAUGUCCAUUAAAUAACGAAUAGGAUUGUAUGUAUGCCUACAGCGGCCGAUGGAUUUUGUCUGAUGCAUUCGAAACCUGAUCGACAGAAGGUCCAAUAAAUUGAAGAUUCACUGCAUGUUCACUGAGCAAUGGUGAUAGUAGCAUCUCUUAAGUCAUCGAAGGUACACCAUGUUGUUGCACGUUAACCCUGUGGCAGAUUAAACCAAGCAGUUCUCCGAAGAAAUUAAGUAAUGUUGCUUCUCACUGUCCAUAAUUUUGAAUUAUGCUAUUCUGCACUGUGGUCACAGCAUGGCAGAAUAAGCUGCUGCAGUUUUGAUAGCUCCCUUUAAAGUUACGCUAUCGUACACCACAACGGAACUUCAGAGGGGAAGAAUACCCUUGGUGGUAGAAUUUGAGCCCGUGACUGACCACAAGAGCUGAGAAAUAUUCCUAAAGUACCUAAGGGAAAAAUCUUGGGUUUGCCGUAGAAUAAGCUAUGCCGUAACUGCGUAAGUCAAUAAAAUUUGCUGUUAACAGUGGAAGUCCAUCUGGGUGGUGAGAAUUCAGUGUUAUUUCCUUCUUUCAAUGGAGUAACACCAUCACUACUUUCAGUGUAAGAAACAACCACACGUAAAUAUCUACGUCCUGUCGCUGAGCUGCCGAAGAGUCUGCAGACCAGUGCCUACCACAUGAACCUGUGGCUGGAGGAGAGGGAGUGGGAGGCUGUGCACAAGGACUGCAAGGAGACCCAUCUUCAUGGGCUACUCAUGAGCGCCUUGCUUCAGAAAGUUUCUGAGGCCACCACGUCUGUCUCUAAGUCCCACAUGAGCUUCAUCACCAAGUUGACUAUAGCUUGAUUGGCUCACCAGGUCAUCUGAGAACUGAGUGUGGAAAUGACUAAGUCAGUCUUUCUCAACCUUGUUAAGAAUUCUAGGAGUUGGUCCACCCACCUUAAAGUUCCCAAGGUUGAGAAACGCUGCUCUAAUCCACACCUUCCAGCCAAAUUUAAGGUGCAAGAAGGUGGGUCCAUUUGGAGAGCAGGUGGCAUCCUGUGAAUUAGCAGUCCACUCCAACCAAGAGGGCUCGUGGAAGUCCCAGCAAAUUUAGCUGCUGAACAGUGAAUCCUCUCUUGUCCUCAACGAAUGUGUUUUGAAUUUAGUGAGAUUCCGAGUGGCGCUUCCCCCCCCCCCCCCAUGCUUUUAAGGGAGCCAGUUCCCUCUUCAGCUGUUCGCUGUAGAAGUAUCACUUCGGUCACAGUAUUUAUUCCUUACAAACCUUGUGUGACAUGCUAGGGUUCCCAUGGAUGUAGCUGAUGAUUUUGUAAAUAUAAUUACUUAACUAUAUAUAAAAUUAUAUCGUAAUAAACUAUUUUUGCACCACC